ACGAGUGUCUGAUUUACCAAGGCUGACUUUAAAAAAUAUUCAGUUAGCAUGCAAGAAUUAGUUUAAGAUAAUGUUGAGUGUCUGUUUUUAUUAUUAUUUAUACAUAAAAUUAUGUUGGCGCUGUCACGGUGUAUAUAGUAAACACUCUUCGGCAUCAGCGAAACUGACUUUGGAUUGUGACUCACAAUAUGGCGGGCCAAAGUGAACUUGGUUCUUUUGUGAAUUUGUCUUUGAAUGAUCUUCCUGAUGAAAUACUAAUGAUAAUAUUUUCAAAUGUGCCUGCCAAAGACCUUGUGCAAUGUUGCUGCUUGGUAAAUAAAUCUUGGUACAAAGUGGUGGAACAGCAAACACUGUGGAGAAUAAAAUGCCAGAAAGAGAGGAAAUAUGUACCAGCAGUGAUGCCGGUGUCAGAUGAUUUUAAGAAGUUGUACUUUUUCAAUCCUUAUGCAAGAAACUUAAUAAAAAAUCCUUGUGCCACAGAGGGGAUGUUGCACUGGAAAGUAACACAAAAAGGAGGAGACCAGUUUGUUGUGGAAGCUACCCCAUCAGGAUCUGUGCCACUUUCGACAAUUGUUGAUGCUUCAUCCAAUGUUAUUGGAUCUAUUAAAAAUUGGGCGACAUCAUAUUCACUGUGUGAAAAAUACCAGCUUGUUGAUCUGCUAGCUGAAGGUUGUACAGAAGUUGUACUGGACACAUGGCAGCCUCCUAUUGAAGUUUCUGAGUGGUAUGCUGGAAGAUUUGAUUGUGGCUGUGUCUAUCAUUUAACUGUUAAACUGCUCUCUGCUACAAAGAAGGUAAUUAAGACAUUUGAAACGGAGGAAAGGGUUGACCAAUGGGCUGGAAAACAGUGGGAACAGGUCAUGCAUACAUUCAAGGACUAUGGCACCGGUGUGCGUUAUGUGCAGUUCACACACUCUGGAAAGGACACGCAGUUCUGGGCAGGUCACUAUGGACCCAAGUUUACACUGUCAUCCGUGCGAUUUAACUUCACAUAACACUCAACUGGGCCACUCAUCAAAAACAAAUACAUUUGCUGCAAUCAUACCCACUAAUGAAGCAUUCGUCAUUAUUGUUUUUUCAACAAGAGAAAAAAUAAGAAAUUAUGAAGGCGAAAAUAAAAAUGACUGGGGCAAUGUUUAGUUGCAGCACAAAACCGGGUUGUGUAUCAAUGAGAAAUUAAUUUAAAAUGUGGAAAAUACAUGUACUUGUAAAAAUCAUUGCAAUAAAACCAUGCAAACAGCCA